CGUAGAUAGCUCCUAAGAUCUUGGAAUAACAGGAAGCUUCCAUGAUUGUGGUGUCUCCAUCGAAAACUGAGCCUCAUGGUAUUUCAGUUUUAGCUGGCCAUCCAUUCCAGACCUUUUUUACUCUUUUCUCUUACCAUACCUUUUCGGUUAUCAGAUGAAAUCAGCCUGGUCUGGUUGCAGCAGUUACUUGCGUGCUUGUAAUUGAACUCUACUCUAUUCACAUUGACAAUGUUCCGUACCUCGUCUCGCUCCCUUUGGGGUGUUGCCUCGAGAGCUUCUUCCAAUCGAGCUUCGCAAUUCCUCCCCCGCGCAUCAAUUGCGCCUCUUUUGCGUCAGCAACGCGCCGUUUACUCUAGCAAAUCCGACGAAGAGAAUCCUCCUCCUCCUAAGCAGCCCAUUGACUAUGAAGCUGAGCGCAAGCGUGGACAAGAGCUCCUCCAGUCCAACCCAAGUGUUGUUUCAUCGAAGAGCUCGGUCGCCAAUGCCACUACGGCAGCCCAGGGCUCUAAGAGCGCGGAUCAGGACAUGACUGGCGAGCUUAAGCAUGAUAUUGACAUUGUCAAAGAUACCUUUACUUUUACAGACGUUCCACGCGAAUCGAGCAUCCUCGGUUUGGCUGGUACCCUGCCCUACCUGGGAACUUCGCUUUCGACUGUCUUCCUCGCUUGGGACUUGAACAAACCAAUUCCCACGGGCAAUUCCUUCUACGAUGCUAUCAUGGUCGACCAUGAGACAGCCAAAUACCUGCUAAGCGCCCUUGAGCCUAUUCAGCUUGGAUACGGUGCUGUCAUCAUCUCUUUCCUCGGUGCUAUUCACUGGGGUCUUGAGUACGCAGAGAAGCAACCCCUCCGUGAACGAACCCUUUUCCGCUAUGGCAUGGGCCUUGCUGCUUCUAUCGUCGCAUGGCCAACUCUUAUGCUCCCCAUCGAGUACGCGCUCACCUCUCAAUUCAUGGCCUUCGUCGCCCUCUACUUCGCCGAUUCCCGUGCUGCUACAAAGGGAUGGGCCCCUCGAUGGUACGGGUCAUACCGCUUCCUUCUCACAGCCAUGGUCGGCCUCGCCAUCUUCAUCUCUCUUAUUGGCCGCGCCAAGAUCAAGCAAGGUGAUGCCAUCACUGCCAAGGGUCUGAGCGACAACUUCGCCAGGUCUGGUAUUGCUGAUCACGAUACCAACUGGGAGAAGCUAGAGGCAGAGGAGAAGGCUCGUCGACGAAAGCAGAAGGAGGAGGAAGAGAAGAAGGCAAAGGAGGCCGAGAAGAAGAAGAAGGAAGAGGAGAAGAAGGGUAAGAAGAAGGAUGGUAAGAGUGAUGAUAAGGCCAAGAAGGGUGAUGACAAGAACAAGGCUUCUGAGGAGGGUGACAAGAAGGGUGAAGAGAAGAGCGAGAGCAAGGACAAGGAUGCCGAGAAGGACGACAGCAAGGACUCUGAGUCUAAGGACGAGGGUAAGGAGUCCAAGGGAGACGAGAAGGAGUCUGACUCAAAGGAUGAGUCCAAGGACGAAGACAAGAAGUCAGAAGAAUCAUCUGACAAGGAGUCAAAGGACGACUCCAAGCAAGAGUCCGACAAGAAGGACGAUAAGAAGGAAAAGUCUGAAGACAAGAAGGAAGAAAAGUCCGAGGAUAAGAAGGAUGACAAGCCUGAUGAUAAGAAGGACUAACUUGCUGUCACAACGAGCAAGUUGAGCAUGAGCUGAAGCGCUUAGCGAUCACAACGGAGUUCCGGGAUUUACUGUAUUAUUUCUUACAUGUUGAGUUAAUGAAUUGAUGUGACAAGAUACUAUGCUUGGAUUUGAA